AUGGCACAAAAGGAUUUUGGUUGUUUUCAAGAAGAAAUGCUUUGGCCUCCUACACACCAUGCAAAUGCCAUUCAUUCUCAGCAAAAGUUGGAGGAGCAGUUUAAAUUUCCGACAAGGCAACCACAUCGGCACGGUGAAAAGUAUUCAUCGGUCACAGAAUCACUUCCUCCACUGCUUCAUAGUCACACAAGAUCAAUCCCGAGAGCCCAAAGAACAAGAAAUCCCAUUGGACCUGGAAUGCAAGCUAUCUUCCUAGGUUCAAGCCAAAAAUCAUUAGGGACGGGAGUUUUUCUUCCGAGAAGAGGAGACACUGACUUCGAAUUUAACAAUAAGUCAGCUUGUUCUCCUGUUCUCCUCCCUGCUCGGGUUGUUCAGACACUCAACCUUAAUGUUCAUGAACUUGGCAACCAGAUUAAACCCCACCAAGAUCUUAAAAAGAACAUGAAAGGUGACAACAAGAUGGUGAAAAUUAAACAGAGAAAUGACUGUUCGCCAGAGAUAUUUCUCCCCAAGGAAUGGACUUACUAG